AUGAGCACCGAUUUUGAUAAGGGUCGUGUCUACUUUGCCGACAUGAUGAAGAUGGGCGGGUCUGCCUCGCCCGCAUCCAUCGAAGCGCGGGCUGAAGCUGCAAAGCUAAAAUUCCGCCGCUUUUUGGAACACUUUACCAAUAUGGAGGGCGAGUUCGUGUAUCGCGAGCAGCUCCGGAAAAACGCCCAGAUGCGGCGAUAUUUUCUUCCAGUGGAGAUUGAGCAUCUUAUCGGCUAUGACGAGACGCUAGCAAUGGCUCUGCAGAGCAAUCCAGUCGAAAAUAUUGAGGCUUUUGAGGCGGCUGCCAAGGAAAUAGCUGCUGCGGCGGCGCAGGACGAUGCUCCAGUGUACGUUCAAAUUGAAAUCAGGUCUCAAAGCAUGGAGCCUAUGGGGCUACGCACCUUGGAGGUGGGAUUUGUGUUAUACUUUACCUUGCAGGCAUCUAAAAUAGGAAAGCUCGUCCGUAUUGCGGGAAUCAUAGUAACGGCCUCUGCACCGAUGGCGCGACCUAUUUCACUGACCAUUGCCUGUAAAGUGUGUCUGGUUAUGCGAACCAUAACUACAGGAAUAGCAUCGCUCAACGGUACGCAAGCACUACCGCGGACAUGUCCAACAGGGUCCGCCUGUGGGCUCGAUCCUUGGGUGGUUUUCCCAGAGCGCUCCAGUUGCGUCGAUCAGCAGUCUCUCAAGCUACAAGAGCUGCCCGAAAGUGUGCCAGUUGGCGAGCUUCCACGCCACAUUUUGGUGAUCGCAGAUCGCGAACAUGUAGGCAAGACAGCACCAGGGAAGCGCGUACUGAUAACGGGGAUCUAUUGCACCUCUGGAGCUCCAAAGGGAGGCGGUGUUGCCCUUCGCUUUCCGUUUGUCAAGGUGGUGGGGAUGGAGCCAAUUCAGGGCGGUGGUGACAGCCAUUCUGUACCCUCUCCCCUGUGGACAACAGAUGUCGAAGCAGAAGCACGACGGAUGGUUGCCUUUUCGCGAACGCCGAACAUCUAUGAACACAUCUCACGUUCGAUUGCGCCAUCGCUUUUUGGACACGAAGAGAUCAAAAAAAGCAUUGCAUGUCUGUUAUUUGGUGGCACACGCAAAUCGCUACCGGAUCGCAUGCGCAUUCGUGGAGAUAUCAAUGUGCUGAUUUUGGGAGAUCCCGGAACAGCCAAAUCGCAGUUGCUAAAAGUUGUGGAGCGAAUUGCGCCCAUUGCCAUCUACACGUCCGGGAAAGGAUCGUCUGCAGCUGGUCUGACGGCCACUGUGGUGCGAGAUACGCAGCAUCAGGGGAGUGGGGAGUUCUACCUUGAAGGUGGUGCAAUGGUUCUUGCAGAUGGUGGCAUUGUGUGCAUCGACGAAUUUGAUAAGAUGCGUGAAGAAGACCGCGUUGCCAUCCAUGAGGCAAUGGAGCAGCAGACAAUUUCGAUUGCCAAGGCGGGCAUUACCACCAUCCUCAAUGCGCGCACAUCAGUGCUUGCUGCCGCUAAUCCUGCGUUUGGCCGAUACGACGAGACGCGUGCCCCUGGAGAGGUAACAUGGCACAAAAUGCUUCAAGUCGCACCACAUGAAAUUCGUUUCGAUUUUCAAGCGCUUCACCUUUAUUGUCUUCUCCCUGCUUUUGUGGAUGUGAUUUUUUAUCCCUAG